ACAUCCAUCAGCUCAGCUUGCAGUCAAGCAAAACGCUGGUUCGUGCCUGGUUAGAGCCUAUUAUUCCGCUAACGCCAGGGGUUUCUCAGUCACAUGCUGGCUUCGUUGAAACACUCCGCCAUAUUGGAUUGCAGGCCUCUUAUCAACCAGACCCCUCGCGUGUUAGCUCCCUCGAUCAAUACUCCGGCGAUAUUGGAUGGACGGAAUGCGGAUAUGCACAGCAAAUCUUGACGCGGAUAGUCUAGUACCUUAACGCGUGAUCUAGUGUUGAGGCGCCUAAGAAAAACACCUCCCUCAACGUGGGCUCACACGACUGCGUCGUGACGCGCGCUGACCCAGGGGAGUUGCACAGAAAGCGAGGGAGCAGCAGGAGCAGCGGGAGCAGCGGAAUUAUUGGGAGCAGCGGGACUAGUGGGAGAAGCAAAAUUAGUGGGGGCAGCGGGAGAAGCGGGCACCAAGCAAUGGCAGUGGAUGGAGCGUCCCUAAUGGAUGUGCGAGCCCAUGAAAUGGUAAUUGAAGGCAAUGUUGCGGCUGUUAGCGAAUCCGCCGCACACUCUAGCGAGUCCAUCAUUGAGGCACCUCAAAAAGCGGCGGGAGCGUCACUGAUGGAUGCGCGAGCCGAUGAAAUGACCGUUGUCGCAGCGGGCUAUACUACUGAAGGCAAUGUUGCGGCUGUUAGCGAAUCCGCAGCAGACACUAGCGAGCCGACCUUUAAGGAGCCUCAAAAAGCGGAGGGAGCGGCGCUGAUGGACGUGCGAGCCGAUGAAAUGACCAUCGUCUCGGAGGGUUGUACUACAGAAGGAAAUGCUGCGGCUGUCAGCGAAUUGGCAGGCGCCGGAACAGCAACGGUUAACAAGUCAGGAACAGCUGAUAAGGACUGUGCUACAGUGUUACGAGACGGUGUUACAGUGUUACACGUCCACGUGCACUCGACAACGGGAGAAGACGUUCGGCCUGAGCCAACGCCGGAGGAAUCAGAGCAGGUGCCGUCAGUGCAGGCAGAAGCGCCCCAUGCCGAACCAGCCCGUGCCGAACCUGUCCAGGAGGAACGGGUGCAGCGGAAAGAAUCAGAGGAGAAGCAAGAUCCCAAUGCAGACCCGGCUGUAGCAAGCCUGGCGCCUGGGAGAAGCGUUGAUCCUGACCGUGCAGAUGAUCCUGAGCGAGGACUUGAUCCUGACCAUGCAGUUGGUCCUGAAAGGGGAGUCGAGCUGAGAGAAAGAAACGCAGGAGCAGAAACAGAUGCCGCAUUGGGAGCAGAAGCAGCAGAUGCGGUAGAAGAGGCAGAUGAGGCUGAAGCAGAAGCAGAAGCAGGAGCAGCAGCAAGCGCAGAAGCAGAAGCAGAAGCAGAAGCAGAAGCAGAAGCAGCAGCAAGCGCAGAAGUAGAAGCAGAAGCAGAAGCAGAAGCAGAAGCAGAAGCAGCAGCAAGCGCAGAAGUAGAAGCAGAAGCAGAAGCAGAAGCAGCAGCAAGCGCAGAAGUAGAAGCAGAAGCAGACGAAGGAGCAAGCGCAGAAGCAGAAGCAGAAGCAGCAGCAAGCGGAGAAGCAGGAGCAGAGGCAGCAGCAAGCGCAGGCGAAGGAGCAGCAGAAUCAGAAGCUGGGGAAGAGGCAAAGAAGGAAGGAGCGGAGGUUCCACCGCUUACCGAAGGAAAUCUAUCUCCUUCACUCCUAUCUCUUCCUUCAAACCCCCCCAUCCGCCCCGUAACCCCACGCGUCCCCCUUCCCUUGCCCCCUGCCCUCAGCCUUUCCCAGCGCCUGCGCACGGGUGAGUCUUCCCCCCCUCCUUGCGCCGGCUCUUGCGCUUUUAACACGGGAGCGAGCUCAAGACCCGCCGCUCCGCCCCUCCGCGGAGCCAGUGUGCGCCCAGUCAACCCCCGCCGGCCCACCUCCGCCUUCCCCACGUGCCCUUCGCUUCCGCCAAUGAGCCUUGCGCCUUCGCCGGCUGUAGCGCUGGCGCGGCAAUUGAGCGCUGUGCACCCCCUCGCGAUCGACGGUACUACUAGUAGAAACGCAGGAGCGUUUGGCCGACCGGAGGAAGAGCGAGACCGGCUAGUGGGCGGCAGUCUUAGCGGCGAAUCGAGUAGCAGCGGCGGUGGCAGUCAACGCAGCCAGCACAUUGAACGGAGUCAGCACAGUGAACGCAGUGCUGCUAAUACGAGCGAGCCGUCGCAACGUUCGGAUUGCGACGAGAUUUCGCACUCCGUUACUGUCAGCUCCCGCUCGAGCAGCCUUCCCCCCCUCUCCCUCGAACUUGUCGCCCACGUCGCGAAUGGGGUUCGCGAAAAUCCGGGUUUUGCACACAGCGAAGGCGAGUCUCCUCCCGACUCUCCCAGUAGCAGCGGCGACACUUGCGACCCUGCGACGGCGCGUUCAUUGGGCCCUAGAUCGCACGCUGGUCGCACGCGACGUCGCAAACUGUCGCAGCUGAUAGAGGAGCUCGAGGGUAUGCGACUCAAAGACGCAAAGCUAGCGGAGGAAGCGGGAGAGGCAGGAGCGGGGAAGGCGGAAGCGGGUGGAGAAGAAGGGGAGGAGUGCAGCGGGGAGAAGAAAUGCGCGGGGGGGGUGGCGGAAAGAGGCGGAGAAGGGGAGGGGGAGGCGCGGAGGGACUUCGGGAAACGCCCGAGCAUGGCAGAGGGAUUAAGGGUAGAAACGGCAAGAACCCACUCGUUUAAGGGGUCAAAUGUCUGGCACAGCUUGAAGUCACCCACAUGUAUGAGCGGUGGGGAGAUGAGGGUAAAUGUGCGGUUUCCCCUGCUGGCGCUGUCUAAAAGCAUUAGCAGUGUGUGGGGAAGGAAACGAGAGAGGCUAGGAGAGAGAGAGGAGGGAGAGAGAGAGGAGGAGAGUGAGGAUAAGGAGAGGGGGGAGCGAGAAGAGGGGGAAGAGAAGCAUGGAGAGAGAGUCGCCGAGGAGGAAUGGUGCAGCAGCUUCCACAGUCGCACUGCAUACAGUGAAACUGCAUACAGACACACUGCAUACAGUCACAACCUGGUCUUUCCCCAAACUGGCCCUGUCCAGGCUGGCAUCUUGCAUGGCCUAGAUAAAAGAACACUUUCUUUCAGUCACAGCCUCUGUUCCAAUAGCAGCAGCAGCAGCAGCAGCAGUAGUGGCCACACCACUCUGUGCACUGAGACCAGCUGCCAGUGCAAUCACAAGCUGCUUACAACGCCAGGCUUGAAAAGCCAAGACCUCCCUGUCACCCACCUGCUGUCCUCGUUACAAGCUGCCUCUGAAUCAGCCACAGCAAGCAGCGAAACUAAUGAUCCCAUUCUCCCGGUCUCCAUACUGCAAACUGUUCACCUGAAGGCUGUAGGUCAGGAAUCUACCAAUCAGCAGCCGGUGGAUGCACAGGCUCGGCGUGCUGUACUGAGUCAGCUUAUAGGGGAGCUAGAGACGAUCCGGCCAGGCAGUAAGGUGCUGGAGCAGGAGCAGCAGAAGGGGGCAGGAGGGGGGGCGGAUGAGAAAGAAGGAGGGGAGAUGAUGGCAGGCCGAGGUAGAGCUAGUUCACGGAGAAAUGUGAAUGGGGGCCUGACAGGAAUCUGCAAGGAGCAAAAGGCGGAGCUGGUAGCAGCAGCAGAGGCGGCUGGUGCUGGGAAGCAGAGGGUGAGGGGUUCGGGUGGGAUGGCAGGGCACACGUGGCAGGCAUGGAGUGGACAGUUGUUUGGGGGGGGAAGGGGACUUGUUAGAAGAGUGCCGUCGGUGGUGCAGCUGGUGCGCCGAGGGGGAGGAGGAAGAGGGGGAGCCAGAAGUGAGGCAGGAGGAAGUGGGGGAGGAGGAAGUGGGGGAGGAGGAAGUGGGGGAGGAGGAAGUGGAGGAGGUGGAUAUGGGGGAGGUAAGGCGUCUCCUUGUGUGUGGCCUGACAUCUACGGCUGUGCUGGGUUGACUGUCGACGUGGGGGAAAAGGUGCGGGAGACGUAGGAGAUACAGGAGGGACCGAGAGCAUUGAGAGGUAGUGGAGGAAGAGGCAAGGAGGCUUCUCAUAUGUGGUCUAGCGGCUGUGCUGAGUUGAGCAUUGAUGUGGGGAACAUAUCAAUGCUGAAGAGGUAAAGACUCUUGAGAAGUACCAUGAGGUCUGGGAGAUACUUCUUAAGGUGGCAGGGCAAAUCUUAUGUGUGGCCUGACGUUUAGGGUUGUGCUGGAUUGGGCGUUGACAUGGGAGAGUACAUUGUAGGAGAUAGGAUAAGAGCUUGAGCGGUAGUGGAAAACGAGGCAAGGUACCUUUUCAUAUAUGUUUCGCCACUUAGGGUUGUGCUCGACAGGAGAUGCGGAAGAAAGGAUGUAGAGCAUGGAGAUGUAUAAGCAGUUGCAAUUGAUUGGGAGGAGGAUAGUACA